AGGGAUCGCGAUAUUGUCUAUGCUUGAAUCAUUCAAAUCAUACAGAGUGAUCUACAAUAACACAUGUUCUGUGAUUUCGACAUCAUAAUGUUAAAAUACAUCUUGAUUGUUUUUUGAUAAGUUGCGACUGUACACUUGAAUGCAUACAUUAUGCUUCUUUGAGCAAGAAAUGAACUAAAACAAAUUUUAAAAGUGGAUAUAGUUACAUGAAAAACAAACAGGAUAUAGUGGAAAUGUGUUCAGAAGGACUUAAUUUUCUCAUUUUUCUUUAAUGGAAUCUAAGGAAGAUGCCUGCAUGCAUUUAAACAACGUGUCAAUGUUUGAUGGUGGAAUUUUGAAAAAAAAAAGCUGUUAUAUUUUUAGUGCAAAAGAAAAAAUAGGAAUUUUGAUGAUGGAUUUACCAAUUAAUUAUGAAAUAGUUAAUUCUUUAUAGUUGAUAAAAAGUAAACAGUUAGGGAUUUAAUGUGGCAGGCUCUAUUCACAAUGAUGGGAUUGAAAAAUUAGACGCAAAUUAGAACCAUUUAGAAAGUUUAUUUUUCACAAGAAAGAGUAAUAGUUUAAUAACGAUCACAAUAGAACUGUGACAUUGAGAGUGUAUUCAUUAGAAAGGAAGGUUCCGCAGUAAUUGACGUGUACGAAAAUGGAUUUUAUAGAAAUUGAAAAUGCAACGGAGGGUUUUAAUGAAUAGAUCAUGGAUUUAUAUUUCAAUUUACAAGAUGAGGAAAAAGAUAUAAAUUGAACUUGAUUUUUGAUAUUCAAUUAUUGAAUGCCCAUUUUGUAAUUUUAUUGGGUGUAAACAUAUCGUGCCAUCAGUUGGCGUUUUAGACAGCUGCCUUUGAGACAGUUAAAGGAGUAAUUAUAACAUAAAUGUAAUAUCAAUCUGAACAUACUGUAUAUUAAAUGUUUGAUGUUGAAUUGAAAUGUGAAGUGUGUACUUUGAUUUUUGAUGUCAAGCUUUAAGUGCGUAAUUAUUUGGAAAAAGCUUAAUAAUCAUAGGAGGUCUUGUGAUUUUAUUUAAUUAUCAGUGUUGUGAAUUAAAAAUGUAUCCGUUAACUAAGGCAACAACUCAGUAUAAUUUCUCCGCCUUGGAGAACUCAGAGGAUGUUGUAGAAAAUGGGGAGACAGAUGAAUAUAUAUAUGUUGAUGACCCAAAAGAAGGCAAUGCCAGUAGUGCAGAGGAAAAUGUGGAAAAGGAGGAGAAAAGUAAAAUUCAAAGACUAAGUAAGUCUGCUGGGCCGGCAAUGUCGUAUAUGCGUGCAAAGGCCCGCAGAUUGAGCAAAGAGAAAAGAGAAAAUGAUUCAGGGAAUAUUUCUGAUGAUAAUGACUCAUGUUUCUCAUUACCAUGGAGAUAUGUUCCUGGAAAUAUCAUGGAGGAGUUAGAAUUUUUCAAAAAUGCAGCGAAAGUGAAGGCAACUAGUACUGGUAAACUGCUUGACACCAGGAAUGAUGCAGUGGCUAAACUGUGCUUUGGUAAAUUCAGUGUGGCUUACUGCUGUGAUGUGGAGAGAAAACUGCUAACAUCACCAUCAGAAAACUUAGACCUUUGA